GAAAGGCAGAGCCAGUCCUGGAGACAAUGGCGAGAAGGAAACUCACCUGGAAGAAAGGCUGGCCCAGUAACCCGAUGCAGAAGUUGUAUGCGGACUAUUUCAACUUUCACUUCACAAACCAGCUCACCCCCAAAGGUCGAAAUGGCUGCUACAUCUGCUACGAAGUGCAAAGAAACCACUCACCUAUCUCCAAAGGGGUCUUUGAAAACCAGUUCUAUCCAAAGAAGAGAGUCCACGCAGAAAUCUGCUUCCUGAACUGGUUCAAGCAGGUAAUCUUGGAGCAGACCCGGGGCCCUGGGGAACAAUACGACAUCACCUGGUACAUGUCCUGGAGCCCCUGUGUGGAGUGUGCGAAGCAGGUGGCCGAGUUCCUGAACACGCACAAACACGUGUGGCUGCGCAUCACUUUCUUACGCCUCUACCACGGCAAUAAGCAGGAAUACCGGCAGGGGCUUCAUAGUCUUGCCGGCGCCCAGGCCGAGCUCGCCGUAAUGUCUCCAGAGGACUUGACGUGCUGCUGGACAACCUUUGUGGACCCCGAGGAAGCAUUUUUCCCACCCCGGAGUAACCCGGAUGACCUGGUUUUGAGCCCUGGUCUAACCUGGUCUAAACUGAAUAAAAACAGUGAGAAACUAUCAAAGAUGCUGGAAGACAUUCUUCUGGAUUCAGAGCAACUGAAGACGGCCUCAACCUCUUUGAACAACCGGAGUCUUCUGGAGACUGAGUGAAACACCUUCUUCAAGAUGAGAAAACACUUUCCCACCAUCUCCAAACUGAUCCAAAGACAUCAGAAAAAGUCAAUGAGCUCCUACGAAAUUUGUUUUUAAAAUUUCCUAUUGAUUUACUUUUUAUUUUAAAUCUAUGAUAUGUUCCAAGUACACACCAGUAAGAUUCUACUCAGUACUACCAGAACCAUUUUUGAUUUUUAGGGAAAUGCUUAUUUCCAUGGAUUUUAAAUACAAAGCAAUAAAAUGAAGGACCGAAAAUCUUCCACAAAAUGUUUUUCCCUUUGUACAUGUAUCAUGAAGUCCAAAGAGUUCAAUAAACACCUGCCAAUGGGCAAAAAAAAAAAA